AUGACCAUCUCAUCGCCGAGCGAGAAGUCGCCCUCCGCCAGCGCCGACAAGCUCCCCGGCAACGACACGAGAGAAGAUGUAGACUCCGGCUCCCUCGAGGCUGGCCUGGAGCGCACCCUGAGCAGUCGGCAUCUCCAGUUCAUCGCCAUUGGAGGUGCCAUCGGCACAGGUCUGUUCCUGGGUACAGGUUCUGCCCUCGCCAAGGCCGGUCCCGUGUCCCUGCUCAUCGCCUUCAUCUUCAUCGGCUCCGUCGUCUACUCUGUCAUGGUCGCUCUGGGUGAGAUGGCCGCCUAUCUACCCGUGCCAGGAGCCUUCGCCGUCUACGCCACCCGUUUCGUCGAUCCCACUCUCGGUUUCUCCAUGGGCUGGGUAUACUGGUUUAACUGGGCGAUCACAUAUGCUCUCGAGCUCACAGCUGCCGGUGUCAUCAUCCAGUACUGGAAUUCGAGUCUCAACACCGCCAUCUGGAUCGCCGUUUUCUGGGUCAUCUUCACCGGUAUCAACUGCCUCCCGGUCCGAUGGAUCGGUGAGUUCGAGAUGUGGUUCUCUAGCAUCAAGGUCGUCACCAUCGUGGGCUUCAUCAUCUAUUCGAUUUGCGUCAAUGCCGGUGUCGGAGACGAGGGCUAUAUCGGCUUCAAGUACUGGCGCGAUCCUGGUCCAUUCGCCGAGCACGUAGUGACGGGGAAUGUUGGAAAGUUUGUCGGCUUCUGGGCUGUGCUGGUAACUGCGGCCUUCAGUUAUCAGGGCACUGAGCUUGUCGGUAUCGCUGCUGGUGAGGCUCAGAACCCUAGCAAGACGAUCCCUUCCGCCAUCCGCUGGACUUUCUGGGGUAUCUUCUGCCUCUUCAUCUCCACCGUCUUCAUGCUCGGCAUCAAUGUGCCCUACACCGAUGAUGCCCUUAACAGCUCAUCCCAGGAUGCCUCUGCCUCGCCCCUGGUCAUCAUUGCAAAACGCGCUGGUGUGCCGGUGCUUGCACACAUCAUCAAUGCUGUCCUGCUCACGGCUGUUCUAACCGCUGCCAACUCCAAUGUGUAUUCCAGUAGCCGAAUCCUAGUCUCACUCGCAGAGGAGGGCCAUGCCCCCAAGCUUUUCAAGAAGACCAACAAGCUCGGCACUCCAUACUAUGCGGUCGCUGCAAGCUCCGUGAUCGGCUUCCUCGGUUUCCUCAACCUCUCCUCGGGUGGUGCAUCUGCCUUCAACUGGCUGCUCAGCAUCGGAUCCGUCGCCGGUCUCAUCUCCUGGUCCCUCACAAACGUCUGCCACAUCCGUUUCAUGCAGGCCCUCGAGGCGCAAAACAUUCCGCGGCGCGAACUGCCAUAUGUCGCACCGUUUCAGCCGUACCUGUCGUGGUUUGGUCUCUUCUUCAACGUCCUCAUUACGCUGACCAAUGGAUUCACCGUCUUCAUCGAGUGGGACACGAGCGAGUUCUUCACGGCGUACAUUAGCGUUAUCCUGUUUGUGGUGCUCUACGUCGGGCACAAGUUGUGGUAUAGGACCAAGGUGGUCCCGUUGGCGGAGGUGAAUCUCACUCGGGGAAACAUUGACGGCUAA